AUGCAAUUCUCUGGCUUACUAAAGGCUGAAUUAUCACAAAUUUUGCAACUUUUAAGUGAAAAAGCCAAACAUGCUACGGAAGAUAUCACACGGCUCAAACAACUCAACGAUACUAUUUCUGUAAAUUGUUUCGAUUUUCAACAUCGAUUAACAGUACAAAUUGAUUCACUGAUUGAGCAAUUGCAACAACGAAAACAAAAGCUUUUACAAUAUGUGGAGGAAGAGAAAGAAUUUAAGAGACGAAUAUUCAAAGAGCAGAUCGGCCGUUGUACAACGAAAUUAUCAAAGACAACUGCUCUCAUACAAUUCUGUAUUGAAGUUCUCAAAGAACCUGAUCCGGCAACUUAUUUGCAGGUAAGUAGCGCAUUGAUUAACCGUGCUACAACGCAAGAAUUCCUAUGGCAUAAGGAAAUGCAAACAACACCGGAAACGGAUCCGGAUUUUAUACUAAACUUAGAUGUGAAUAAUUUGGAGUACGCUAUACAGACAUUAGAUUUUGCUCAAUUGAAAGGUAUCUUUUUUUGA